AUGUACAAGAAGAUCUACCAGUCCUUCGUGGAGGCCAUCGACGGCAUUGACAACGGGAUCGAGGUGGCGGACGGGCCGCUGAGGUACAAGAUCUACACGCACCUGAGCGGACGAGUGGGUCAGAUGAACCCGCGAUGGAACCAGGAACAAUCGCCCGGGCAGAGCAACGCGGCCUUCAAGCGGGCGAUGCGGCUGGCGGGAGAGGAGUUCGUCAACAGUGUGGUCGACUUGUGGGACUCGUGGUGGCCGGCCCGCGAGAUCGUCAAGUUGGCGUAUGGGAACCGGCACAACGUCCACUCCUCCGGGCAGAUCGUUCUGCUCGAGAGAUUCUGCCCAUGGGCCUCCCAUCUUUUCGACAUCGAGCAACAGCAGCAACAGCAGCAACAGCAGGGCGGCUCUUCAAGCGUGCCUCCAGUGGUGUACGUCAUCUACGCCGACGUGAAGGGCUCGUGGCGCGUGCAAGCCGUUGCCGAGGAGGAGGGCUCCUUCACAUCGCGCAAGGCCCUUCCCGAGCAGUGGCGGGGGCUGAGGGAUGAGGAGCUGAGUCGUGUGAUGGGCAUAGAGGGGGGAGUGUUCCUGCACGGCACUGGGUUCAUCGGGGGCCAUGCGACGAAGGAGGGAGCGAUGAAGAUGGCCGAGAAGGCACUCGCUGCAUGAUAUGAUGGGCUGCUAGGGGAACGAUGGGUGGUUGGCUGGCUGGACGUUGCGUUGCGUGUCACUUGGACCGAACAGCUAGUGGCAUGUGUUUAUGUAUGUGCGUCGACUCGAGUCACAUUUACCUCUCUGAAUGAAUCGCCCUCGUACGAACAUGUAUGUAUGUGUUCAAUCAAGCAAUCAACGCCCCCCCCCCCCC